UGUUGCUUCAGUCUUUGUCAGUAGUACGGCUCUCUGUCGAGGGUUCCGAGCAGGUCAACAUGGCUUUGAGAGCUGGACUGAGGAACAAGUGCGGCUUGUCAGGUCUUCUUUCCCAGUGGUUCUCCUGCAGCAAUCAUGGCAGAGUGUGUGUGUCCCCCUUCCUCGUCGCUCAGCAGAGGAACAAUUCCACCUCGCCUAAGAUCAAAGUGGAUUUUAACCAAAGCACAGGUGUGGCAUUGAUGUGCAUGCAGAGUCCACCGGUCAACAGCCUCAGCCUAGAUUUCCUCACAGAGUUCAGCAUCGCUGUGGAAAAGCUGGAGAUGGAUAAGACCUGCCGAGGCCUCAUCGUCACCUCGAGCCAGCCCAAGGUGUUCUCGGCCGGCCUGGACAUCAUGGAGAUGUACAGGAAGAGUCCAGAGCACUGUGGAGAGUUCUGGAAAGCCGUUCAGGAGAUGUGGCUGAAGCUCUACAGCUCCAACAUGGUCACCAUAGCUGCAAUCAAUGGUUCCAGUCCUGCAGGUGGCUGUCUGAUGUCUUUGGCGUGUGACUACAGGAUAAUGGCGGACAACCCUCGUUACACGAUCGGCCUUAAUGAGACGCAGCUCGGCAUUGUAGCACCAUUUUGGUUCAAGGACACCAUGAUGAACACAGUGGGCCACCGAACCACAGAGAUAGCCCUGGAGUUGGGGCUUCUCUACAAGCCCUCAGACGCCCUGACAGUAGGUCUAGUGGACCAGCUGGUACCCGAAGACCAGGUCCUCACCACAGCCACCCAGACUAUGACCAAGUGGUUAGCUAUUCCAGACCAUGCCAGACAGAUCACCAAGUCCAUGAUGAGGAAGCCCACCAUCGACAAGCUAACGUCCAACAGAGAGGCUGACAUCCAGAACUUUGUCAGCUUCAUCACCAAAGAGUCCAUUCAGAAGUCACUCGGCAUGUAUCUGGAGAUGCUUAAAAAGAGAAAGGGCUAGAGGAGACAGGGAAACAUAUACACACACAUAACAAUGACACACACACACACACAGUUGAAAACACGUCUGCCUUCAGUGUCUUCUGUUCAUUGAUGUCAGUUUUGCUAAGAUCUUCGAAUGCAGCUCUCUGCAGGUCAUCAUCAUAACAGUGUUCAACCAGGACACAGUAAAUAAAUGUUUAAAUUGACCGUACACUAAGCCCUGACCCCAACUGUUGCAAUGCCUGUCAAGCUUCCUUUCUCGCAUGGCACAAACACUGUUUACUAUAACGGUGGCACAUUAAAAUAUGCAGUCAUUUUUCAAAGAAUGAGUCAUGCAUUUGCUCAUGUCUGGUCAAGAACAGUGUGAAUUGUUGCCUAUAAUCACAAAUGUAAGAUAAUGCUAACGACAACACUGUUGUUGAUUGAAACUGACUAAUUUUAAAGCAGCACCCCAUAUAUGGGUCUUUAGUGUGCAUAUGAUGGCCAAAUAACAUGAUUUGAGGAUGAGGAAUACCCACUCUGUUUAACAAACGUAACACAAAAGCUAAAGUGUCCUGAACGUAAACUUCCUCAAACCACAAAAAGAGCCGUAGCCUGUUAGCCUGCACUCUGCUAUACUGGCAUAUUGGUUCCCACAUGGUGGAUGUUUCAGUCCUGCCGGUUUGUUUAUUUAUUUAUUUUUUUCAUUUUAACUUGCGACCCCACAGAAUAAUGUUGUUAUCAAAUGACAUGCUCCUUGGCUUGUCAUUAAUGUUAGUAGCGUUAGCUUAGUGCUGCAGUUAGCAAGCUAGUUAGCCGGACAUGCUAGCAAGUUAAGCCUACGUUAAAGCAGAUAAAGACACAAUUUAAUCCAUUCUAUACACAUUUGUUCAGGUGUUGUUGGUUUGGGGAAAGCAAAAGAAAGACACCACCCAUCACUUUUAUUCAGAGCAUCUCUCUCACUACAGCCUCAUGCACACUGCUUCCACAUGUUGACAAAUCCAAAGCUCCACAUACCUGCUGCGCCCAGUUUUGUUUGCUAAGCUAUGAUAGGACAACUGCUGUUGGGGGAGGGCUUUGGAGAAUGGUAAGUUGUCAUCACAGACAGGUCUUCAUCAUUUAAAGUGCCUGCCUUACUGUACCUUCAAGAGCCAUAACAUCUAAUGACAGUAAGCUUGAACAGCCCACAGUGGGUGACACCGCUGUCAUUUGUCAUUUUCUACCAGAUUUAUCCACAUUCGAUUUUUCUAACUGCACUGUAGCCAGAAAUGUAGAAAUGAAUGAUGUUAAUGUUAUUAAUGUUGUCAGUGGAUUAAUUGGUUUGAUUAAAGAAUGAAUUUGAAGGUAA